UUCUGGGCAGGGGUAAAGGUCAAAGGUCAAGGCAUGGGAACCAUUGACAUGCUGUGGGAUGAUGAUGAGCCGUGUGGACCAGAGAAUAUAGCAUCGCCAAAUCAGAACCUAACUGCAUGGCAUAUUGAGAUACCAGGGCUGUGGUACACAUCGAGGGGAACAAGGACGUGUUCAUGUAUAUUAUUAAAGUUCAGCGAAUCGACAUACAGGCUGAACAAGGAGCAGAAACAGCAUGGGAAUAGAGAGGUGCAGUUAUCAUUAUGUUUCAAAUUCAUUUACGAGUACAAGACCUUCAAAGCUGAAAGAUCAUUCAAAAUGUGGUUGCUGACAAUGAACAUUUAAAUAGUAUACCAGCUGGUACUGUGUAGUUUUGGGUAAUGAAACUUUACCAGAUUAUUUCAGAAACAUGAACACGUUGGUGUUUUUAUAGUGUGAACACUGUUUAGAGAAGACAUAGAUUCAAUACGUUAUCCAGGCCCGUAGCCAGGUCAUUUCAAGGGGGGGUUCUCUGGGCGUGAGGUCCAGAGGCCUGCCUAA